GUAGCGUUGUGCUUAAUGGGAUUUGUCCUCGGGGUGGCAGGUAAGGGGAUGCUCUAUCCCCGGGAGUCUGAGAGUAGAGAUAUGAAGAACCUGGACGGUAUGUGGAACUUCCGCGCUGAUUCGUCACCCUCCAGGAAACAAGGCUUUGACCAAAACUGGUUUAAGUCGCCAUUGUCUCAGACAGGGCCUGUGAUUCCGAUGCCCGUGCCCUCCAGCUUCAACGACAUCACCCAGGACAAGGCGCUGAGGGACUACGUCGGCUGGGUGUGGUAUGACAGAGAGUUCUUCGUCUCCUCGGACUGGCUGAAACACAGGGUCGUCCUCAGAUUUGACAGUGCCCAUUACUACUCCAUUGUAUGGGUGAACUCGCAGGAGGUGAUGCGGCACGACGGGGGACACCUGCCUUUCGAGGAGGAAAUUAACUCCUAUCUCACAUUUGGCGGCAGUAACCGCGUGACGAUCGCUGUCAACAACACCCUGACACCUCACACCCUACCUCCUGGAUCCAUCACAUACAAGACGGACAGAUCCAGAUAUCCGGCCGGUUACUUUGUGCAGAAUGUGCAGAUGGACUUCUUCAACUAUGGGGGGAUACAUCGUCAUGUACGACUCUAUACGACACCAAACACAUACGUCGACGACGUCACCAUCACCACGGAUAUCGCUGCAGGAAAAGGCGUGGUCAACUACAAGGUUGAAAGUGGAGGCAGUCCCGGUGUCACCAGUGUCAACGUCGACGUCGUGGACAAAGCAGGGAAUGUAGUGGGCAGCUCAGACCGCAUGAGCGGAGUGAUCACGGUUACAAAUCCCAAUCUGUGGUACCCAUAUACCAUGACGUCCGGCACGCCUGCAUAUCUGUAUUUAUUUAAGGUGAGACUUCGAGUGAGCCUUGUGUCUGCGACUGGAACAGACGUCUAUCGUCUACCUUUCGGUAUCCGCACUGUCCAUGUGACCGACUCCCAGAUAUUGGUCAACAGCAAACCCUUCUACUGCCAGGGCGUGGCCAAACACGAGGACUCCGACGUAAAGGAAAAGGCCUGGGACUAUGCGCUGAUCGCCAAGGACUUCAACCUGCUCAAAUGGAUGGGGGUCAACUGUUUCCGGACAUCCCACUACCCGUACGCCGAGGAGAUCAUGGAUCAGGCAGACCAGCAGGGCAUCAUGGUCAUUGACGAGAGUCCGGGAGUCGGGAUUGAUGAAAAUGAAAACUUCAGCAACAUUUCGUUGACGCAUCACCUUGACGUGAUGACCGAGCUGGUGCAGAGAGACAAAAACAGGCCCUCGGUGUUCAUGUGGUCUGUCGCCAACGAGCCCAGGACUGACAAAGCUAUAUCGGAGGCAUACUUCAAGUCAGUUAUUGGUCACACGAGGAGCCUGGAUGCCACACGACCGGUCACCUUUGUAUCGAACCAAAGACAUUCAAAUGACAAAGCCUUGCAGUUUGUGGACGUCAUCUGUUACAAUCGUUACUACGGCUGGUACAACGACAUCGGCCACACAGAGGUGAUACAGCUGCAGCUGGGGACCGACCUUGACGCCACCAGGGUCAAAUACCGGAAGCCCAUCAUCAUCACUGAAUAUGGGGCGGAUACUAUACCGGGGCUUCAUCGGGAUCCAUCUUUUGUAUUCACCGAAGAAUACCAGGUGGAAUUCCUGGAGGAAUAUCACAAACUCUUCGAUGCCAAGAUCGGCAAGUACCUGGUUGGUGAGAUGGUGUGGAACUUCGCAGACUUCAUGACAGUGCAAGGAGUCAGACGAGUGGUGGGUAACAAGAAAGGGCUGUUGACUAGGCAACGACAACCUAAACACGCAGCAUUUACCCUGCGCAGCAGAUAUCUGACCAUGAUGAAUAAAACCAGUCCCACGUCCUCCUCACCCCUUGUACCGAUCGUCGGCUAAUGACGACCGCGUUGUCAUAGUAACACAGAUGUAAACAAAUUGUUGUAAUAAAACAUAAUGUACACAACAGCUAA